AUGCUCAGAUCUACUAUUCGCUCCUGGAGGGAGUAUCUUACACCCGUUUCGCACGAAUCAACGUUCCGCAGCUCUGGUGAGAUUACGCCAGAGGAAUUUGUGGAGGCUGGCGAUUAUCUCGUUUACAAAUUCCCCACAUGGCAAUGGUCACCUGCCCCAGAGUCCAAGCGUAAGGACUUUCUUCCUGCGGAUAAGCAGUUCUUAGUGACGCGUCAUGUUCCGUCGUACGCGCGUUGCGAAGAUUAUCUUGAUGAGGACGCCGACGAUGGCGCGGAUGUGGAGGUUUCUGACGGUGAAGACGGUGAGGGAUGGACCGCAACUCAUCACCAGGCAUAUACGCGGAGCCACUGUCUUCCGGAGCAAGAGAGGAGACAUUCAGACGCGUAUGUGGGAAUGAAAGAGUCCAGUGAUGAUGAAUCUGCCAAUAACGAUAUUGACGAACUGAUCGAAGAGGAUGCAGAGGGAGGAGAUGCUGAAGCCCCAGGUGCCGGUGUUCCGGGUAUUAUUAACGGGCCGGUAGAUGAUCUGGUUCGGUACUACGAUCUGUACGUUGGGUACUCCACCUCCUACCGGGUUCCAAAGAUGUAUCUGGUAGGUUUCGACUACAAUGGGACUCCUCUUACUCCAGACGAGAUGUUUGAAGACAUCUCCAGUGAUUAUCGCAAGAAGACUGCUACAAUCGAGAAGGCGCCAUUUCUGUCGAACACAACCUCAGUGUCGAUACAUCCCUGCAAGCACGCUACAGUCAUGAAGGUGCUCAUGAACCGUGCUGCGAAGGCAGCCAAAGCAAAAUCGACAAAAUCCAUCACUUCUGGAGUUGCAAAAUUGGGACUGGCGGAUUCCGACUCCAAACAGUCGGACCAGGAUGACGAAUGGGAGGACGUUGAGGGUGAUGAGGUGGUUAGGGUCGAUCAGUAUCUGAUUGUUUUUCUUAAGUUCAUAUCGAGUGUGACUCCAGGCAUCGAGCAUGACUAUACUAUGGAUGCAUUUUAG